UCCCAGAUUCUCAUCUUAAUGGCCACUGUUCCUGAUCAGUGGUCGGUCCAGAGUGGGCUGGCACCUUUUCGCUGAACUAGAAAAUGGUGACCCUGCCCAUGCUACUCCCAAACAUUUCCACACAUUGUUCAAUUUCGAAAGGAAGCAUGAUCUCGGGGUGUGCCCUCGUCAGGCCUCCAACCUGGACGGCUUGGACCAGUGCCCGUCGUUGCUUGAUCACGGUUGACCGUGAAGGGCGAUUGGAUCGGAGUCAAACGGCCAAACCCGUGAUCGACAUUCCCGUUCAGGUUCAAAGGCAGGCCGUGAAACGCAUGCAAAAACUGCGGAAACGCAAUUGGAAAUAUCCCGAAGUGAAAACCGGAGAUCGAACCCAGCCAAUUCUGGUCUGUCGACGAUCGGAACUCGAUCAUUUUCGCAAUCAAUCCUACCGAAAAUUGGCUAAAUUGCAAUUAGCCUCGGAGCAUUGGCACAGUCGCCCUCUCGGACGCAGGUCGAGGCCAUUCCACAAGUUUUACAAGCCGGGGAUUGCCUGGUGGCGGCCGAAACCGGUUCGGGUAAAACCUUGGCUUUCGUCGCCCCUGUUUUGCAACGGAUUCUCUCAAGUGAGGCCAAUCCUCAUCGACCGGCGACGGGCGCCCCUUUGGCCCUGAUCCUGACCCCUGGCCGAGAAUUGGCAUACCAAAUCUUCCAGGUGGUCCAGAGUCUAGGGUCAAGGUUGGGAUUGCGCAGCCAUUUGGAAGUGGGAUUGGGUCAUGGGGUUGCGCCCCACCCCAAAACCAGUAUUCAAGGAAUACCGUUGGAUAUCUUGGUGGGUACCUUUGGUGCCGUGUCCAAUCAGUACGCCCGUAAUUGCUACACCCGAAGUUCGGUGCGUCAGAUUGUGUUGGACGAGGCGGAUACGUUGUUGGAUGACACGUUCAAUCCGGACACGAUGCCUUUCUUGGAUCAAUUCCGGGAGACUCGAAAUCAAACGGUCCAACGCAUUUUUGCCGCUGCUACUUAUCCCACGAGCUUGGAUACCGUUUUGGGCCAUGUGGUGUCGUCCAACGACCUCAAUGAGGUGGUCUCCCCAGGGUUACACAUGCCUUUGACCCAUGUGGAGCAGAAAUUUAUCCGGGUGAGCCGAGACGGCCGCUUGGAGUACCUGGCCGAAUUGCUGGUCCAGGAUCAAACCCGGGGCAAGUCCACUCUAGUUUUUAGUAACACCAGUCACCAGGCCCGUUCUAUUGCUCGAUACUUGAAUGAUCAAGGUAUCCAAUGUGCCGAGAUUCACUCAAACUUGAACCACUACCAACGAACCAGCAGCUGGAGUAAAUUUGUGUCAGGUGAGGUGAAAGUCAUAUCGGGUACGGAUGUGGCUUCACGGGGCUUAGAUUCACGGGACAUUGGACAUGUGAUCAAUUUUGAAUUCCCGCAAAACAUGUCAGACUACGUGCAUCGGGUGGGCCGAGUGGGCCGAAUGGCUUCCGUUCAACAUCCGAAAAUCACGAAUUUUGUGCGGGGUUUUAUACAAGUGAAUCUGGUGCAAAAGAUUGAAACCGCCAUUCGACGCAAUACAGAGUUGCCUAAUGUGAAUAACAACAUCAUCCGCAUCAUCAAACAGUUUCAAACCAAAAAAGAUAUGCCUUCAAGAUUUCAAUUUGAGCCGUGAUUUUAACCAAUAAAAAAAAAAAGAAACGUA